AAGCUUGAACUGCGUGACGUAGAGGAUGUGCUUACGUAGAGGCGGAAGCUCUGCGCAUGCGUGGCUCCUGUAAACACGUGAAGCGGGCAGGCAGCAUGGCAGAGAAGACCGAGGAGCUCGCAUUAGACCGGUCACAGGCUAAGAAGGCCGUCCAGGCUCUGCAGGCUUUCCUGAAGUCCAAGUCCACCCGGGACUCCCUGUUCCUGGACGAGACCCAGCAGAUCAGCCUACUCUUCACCCUGUGGAAGAUCCCACGGCAGGCGCAGACCAUCCGCAUCCCCUUGCCUCAUGGCCAGCGCCCGGACACGGAUGAGGUUUGCCUCUUCACCAGAGAUGAGCCCAACAUGACCUCAGACCAGACCCAGAGGUUUUAUAAGAAGCUGCUGGAGGAGAGAGGGGUCAAAAGUAUCUCAGAGAUCAUCCCCUACAAGGUGCUGAGGACGGAGUACAAGCCGUACGAGGCCAAGCGCCGCCUGCUGGGCAACUUUGAUCUUUUCCUGUCUGACGACCGCAUCCGCCGCCUGCUGCCGUCGCACCUUGGGAAACAUUUCUACGAGAGGAAGAAAGAGCCGCUGUGUGUGAACCUGCAGAGCAAACAGCUGGCCAGAGACAUCCAGAGAGUCAUCCAGGGCUCCAGCAUGAAGGUCACCAACAAGGGCUGCUGCUGCAUGGCUCGUAUCGGCCACUCCGGCAUGACCGCAGACGAGGUGACAGACAACAUCGAGGCUGCGGUCAAAACAGUCGUGUCCAAACUUCGAACGAAAGGACCAGUGAUAAAGCUCAUCCAUUUGAAGAGCCAAACGUCAGUGGCCCUGCCCAUCUACACCUCAGACCUCAGUCACCUGAACGUGCUGGAGGAGGCCCAGGAGCAGGCCCAGGCUGCCAGGAAAAAGGUGGCAGCUAAAAAAAAGGUAAAGAAGGAACAGAAAGAGAAGACAACAGAGAAGACAAAGAAGACAGAUGCUCCAUCUGAGAAGAAGACAGAGAAGAAGAAAAAGAAAAAGGAGAAAGAAGAAAAAGCAGAAGCAGCUGAAAAAGAGAAGGAGGAAGCAAAAGAGGAAGAAGAAGAUAUCCCACAGUUGGUUCCAAUAGAGACACCAAGCAAAAAGCCCAAACUGGAGAAGCCCUCCAAAAAGAAGCCGCUGGAGAAAGCCCCCGAACCAACUGCACAGAAGAAAGGAACUAAAGGCCAAAACAAACCGACCAAGAAGCCUGGCAAGACGGCCUCACAGAAACUAAAACGAAAAGUGCUCAAGUCAAAAUGAUUCAUGCCUUCUCCACACGGACUUCUGAAACCUUUACGAUUUCCAGAACCAGCCUGGUCAAAAUAUUCACUUUGGUUUUUUGUCUUGUCCUGUCUUCAGCGCCUGCACAAAGACAGCAGAUUAUAACAUUUACAAAUCUGAAAUUAUCUGUUGCCCACCUUUGAUAAUGCAUUUAUUCAUUUUUUUUUUUUUUUUUUUGUAACCGUAAACUGUUAAUGAAACAGUGAUUAUUGCCAUUAACAGUUCAUGUAUAAUAAAUGGAGUUAUUUGUCAUGCAAUAAACAGAUCUUUGUUGAACUGAAUACUUU